AUGGAGUCCACCACUUCCUACCCCAACAGGUUGCUGCGUGACCCAGACGGUCCAGCGCGCAUCCUGGCGUAUAUCUGCACGGCCUCUUCUCCACGGCCAAAUCCAUCCGACCGGGAUAUCGAGUUAACACAAGAACAGCCCAUUACUGACUGUUUGAAGCCUACCCAAACAGAAGACCUUCCUCGCUAUUACCGCCCCUACUCCAACUGCCUCUUCCCACACAUAACGAUCAUCGAUACCCUCUACCUCAACACCUCAGCCUCCUUCCCCGCCCCUCUAUCUACCCUCAUUACAUCCAUCUCGGGGGCCGUGUUCCGACGACAUAACAUCACAGUCAGCGCCCCCGAUAUGAGACUUAAUCUCAGAGAUGGGGAAACAAGCACAACGGCUUUUGGGGAGAUGGCGACUAUGAGACGGUGGAUGGCGCCCGUAAGUGAUGUGAGGGAGGAGGAGUUUAGGGCGAUUUUGAGAGGGUUUACGGCAGUGGGGGGUGUUGGCGAGGUUUUGGUUGUGCUACCAGUUAGUGAAAGGAGGAUGGAGCGGGGGGGAUAG